AUGACCGACUGGUCGAAUGCAAAAAAGAUCUUGGAGCGGCACAGUAACUCUAAAGAACAUGGCAAUGCAGUUGCAAGGUCAGAGGCAUUUUUAGAAGUGUGUUGUGGUAAGAUGAAAACAGCACUGCACUCCAUUUCACAGAUGGAUAAAAGACUGCAAGAACGCACAUUACAUGCCUUAAAAUGUAUAGUGAAAAUAAUCAUCUUGUGUGGAAGAGAAAAUUUGCCAUUACGAGGACGACUGUCCGACAGUGGGACCUUCAAAUCUCUGCUGCAAUAUACUGCUGAACUGGACCCUUUGUUUGCAGAACAUUUGCAAAAGGCACAUAGAAAUGCUCAAUAUAUUUCAGCACAGAUUCAAAAUGAAUUGAUUCAGCUCAUUUCUUUGCAGAUUCAACGAAAUAUUCUUAACCGUGUGAAGGACGCAUGUUACUUUAGUUUAAUUGCAGAUGGCACUACAGACAUUUCCCGGAAGGAGCAGAUUACGCUAACUCUAAGAUAUGUUCACCACACUCACAGGAAGGUAGAAAUUCGAGAAGACUUCAUUGAGUUUGUAGAGGCUAUGGACACCACUGGAAAAGCAUUGGCAGAUCUUUUCUUGCAGCGAAUGACAGCAUGGGGUCUGGAUAAAGGAUGUAUGCGUGGACAGGGUUAUGACCGAGGUAGUAACAUGAGUGGCCACUUCAGUGGAGUUCAGGCAAGAAUUCGGGCAUUAUUUCCAGAAGCACUAUACUCAGCAUGCAAAGCACACAACCUAAACACUGCUAUUGUACAUUCCUGUGCAAUGCGUGAAAUGGCAAAUGCACUUGACACAUGUCGAAGUGUAAUUGCCACUAUAAAUUCCUCUGCAAAACGUCAUAAUGUAUAUUUGUGUCAGCUGAAGGAAUUUGCAAGUUUGCCAUCAGAGUACGAUGAUGUGUCUGCAGACAGAAGUACGUCUCUACGUGCACCAGGGGCAACAAGGUGGAUGAGUCAAGCCGAUUGCCUACAUGCAUUUAAGAUGAAGUAUGCUGUUAUUGCCAGUUGUUUGGAAAAUAUGGCAGAAUUUGACAAAGAGGCAGAAAGAUACCUAUAUUCUAUUUCCAAAUUUGAUUUCAUUGUUGAGUUGGUAAUAAUGGAAUCUAUACUGGGCAUUGUUAAGCCUCUUCAUCUUUAUUUUCAACGUGAACAAAUUGAUCUGAUACAGGCAUCAGAAGAAACUUCAGUUAUCGUAGAAACUCUUAAAAAUAUUAGAAGCGAUGCUGACAGGAAAUUCAAAGUGCUCUAUGAAGAGGUACAGGAACUUGCAAGUCAAGUCUUUACCGAAGAAAGUGUACCUAGAAUAUGUGGCAGACAAACAAAAAGGAGCAACAUCACUGCUUCUAAUCCAGAAGAAUACUACAGACGAAACACAUUCAUACCAUUCUUGGACCAUGUGAUUGCUGAACUGACUGAACAACUUAUUGAAUGCCCACGUUUCCUGGCACAAUAUUUGGCACCCAAGUCAUUGUACAUGCUUCAGGAUGAUGCCAAAGUUAUUGAACUGUAUGAGGCUUACAAGACCGACUUGUCCUCUCUACAUAACCUACGAGAGGAACUGGUAAGAUGGUCCACAAAGUGGAACAUGGUACCAGAGAACCAAUUCCCUACCACAAUUAUUGAUACACUGCAGCACUUAAAACCUGAGUUCUAUCCAGAUAUCAACACUGCAUUAAGUAUUCUGGCAACAAUGCCAGUCAGUGUUGCAUCUGCAGAAAGGACAUUUAGUGCCUUCAGGAGGAUAAAGACCUGGCUCCGAAACUGCAUGAGCGAACACCGUUUAACAGGAUUGGCACUCAUGCAUAUACAUGACGACAUAGACAUUGACAUUGAGCAAGUCCUAAGAGAUUUCAAUCCGUGCAAUGAUCGGCGCAUAAACUUAUUUCCAGCAUAA